AUGUACUUAUUACAUUUGAAAAAAAGUACUUGUGCUUGUACUUUAAUUAACGCUUUUGUGUCUAAGAUAGCCGUUAUAGCAGCAGUAGCCAAUUCCAGAUUUAAAAUGAGUUGGUUGAGUAUCUUCAAAGAUACUGAUGUUCAAGUAUCCGCAGAAGAUAUUCAAUCUUGGAUAUCGAGUAGUGCUUUGGCCUUUAAAGUAUUAGUUGCGCCCGACUUGACAGCUCAAGAAGACCUUAAAGACGCGUUUUUUGAUUUUAAGGAUGAUGUCGAGGUUAUUGUUUCUUCGGAUACUGCUAUAAGGCUCCAUUCUACUGAUACUUUUCAGAACCAGUAA